GUUUCAUUCAGGUCGUGGUUGGAGAGCUCCUCGAACCGUUCUUGGGUGAUGGCGGAGGUCGGCGGGAGCGUGGACCCAACCAGCCUGCCCCCGGGGGACCCCCAGCUCAUCGCCAUGAUCGUGGAGCACCUGAAGAACCGAGGACUUUUCGACGAGUUCCGCCGCGACUGCCUGGCUGACGUCGACACCAAGCCGGCCUACCAAAACCUGCGUCAGAAGGUGGACAACUUUGUGACGUCGCAUUUGAGCACUCAGGAGUGGAAGGCGUCCAUUAACAAGAACCAGAUGAGGAACGGACUCAGACAAAGUGUGGUCCAGUCGGGCAUGUUGGAGUCAGGGGUGGACCGCAUCAUCACUCAGGUGGUGGACCCCAAGAUGAACCACACCUUCAGACCGCACAUCGAGACAGCCAUCCAAGACUUCCUAUCGGGAGACAAGAGGGACGAGGCCGCCGAACCCUCCGAGAAGCCGUCCGAGGAAGCCAAAACCCCUUAAGCCGCGCGGGUUGCGGAUUGUGCCUGUCGAGGGGCGGGACUUGACAGGUGUUUAAGAAGCCCACGAUGCGCGAUGACGAUCCGCGACGGAGACGAUUCGUCAUCCUGACGUCGCACGGGUUGCACGUCUUCUCCGGUCAGUCCCUGUCGUCCAUUCUGGUGACCGCCAAAGAUCGCAUGACUGGGACGCGCCGUAAACAUGUUUGCGUGGACUUCGUUCAACUUUUCUGACAACACUUGUUCCGUUUUUUUUUUUUUUUUUGGGGGGGGGAUAAUUUCCUCAAUUCUUUUCACAGUGUGACAUUUUCUAAGAUGUUUGACAUUUUUCAGAGGAAUUAUUAACCCGAUUCCAAUGAUGUCGGGAUGCUACUAAACGUCAAUAGAAACAGAAUGCAAAUCAUGUUUCACUUAUAUUUCAUUGAAUACACUACAACUUUCGGUCACGACCCGCAGCUCAUGCCCAUAGGUGGGGUUAGGAAUGUAGAUCAACUGCUACAUUGAGAGCUUCGCUUUUCGACUUGGCUCCCUCUUUACCACACCACACCGGACCGAUACAAAAUCCGCAUCACUGCGGACGCCGCACCGAUCCGUCUGUUGAUCUGCCGCUCAGUUCUUCCCUCACUCGUGAACAAGUUUGUUGAAGCUUUGUGAAUUUGUUCCCAUUCUAGCUUGUUGUACAGCGUCCGCUGUUCAACGGUCUGGGGUCUCCACUGUUGUAUUUUACGGUUCGUAAUCCGCCACGUGUUUUCAAUCACUUAAAACAGCGGUGCCCAGACAUCAGAUCUACUUUUCAGGCAGCCGGCCUCUCGCGAGCUCCCGGUUUUCACAUCGAAGUGAUUUUAACGGCUUCGUUUGAUCCGCGACUAUUUCAGCGAUCAUCUCUGUCAUGUUGUAGCGUCGUCGUACCACCCGUCGCUUCUCUUUGACGGGU